CGAAAAUGUCCCUAUCACCCACUACGCCUAGAUCUUCAAGACCAAUUACAGCGAGUCGCCCACGCCGCGUGCGAAAGCCCAUUAGCUGCGCACCGUGCAGGGACUCGAAGUUACAAUAUGACCAGCAACAUCCGUGCGCGACGUGUCGGCGGCGGGGCCUUGUGCCAUCGUAUUACUAUCCCAAUACUUCACGUACUCCUGUACGAGCUGGCUACGGGCAUGAAGCAUUACAAGACUUUGAUACCAGCCAUUUACUAUCACCAAGCCAAGUUUUAAUCCCUGAUAACCAAGCUGAACCAGAGGGACCCGCAAGCAAGAGACAUGCGCGGUGGGAAGCGAUUUUCAAAAGAGAGGUUAAUCCACUGUGUGAUUCUCCAGUCGCUGUAAGUUCAGAGCAGGGCCAGAUUACAGAUAAGAAAGUGUGCUUCCCAUUUCAGUUCGGGCCUUCUAUUUCCAAAGAACAUAUCCUAGCCACCCUCCCGCCGAGGGAGUCUUGCGACUUCCUUAUCUCCCAGUAUUUCCUACAACUGUCACCACUAUUCCACGUUCUACACGGUCCAACAUUCCAAAGACAGUAUAAUGCAUUUCUCAAGAACCUAUCCAGUGCGGAUCUUGCAUGGGUAGCUCUACUCUUCACUGUGCUGUCCAUGGUGCUGAACACAUUAAAGGAUGAUGACGUUCCCCUGGCAGAGCGACUGUGGCUGCAGCAGCUGCAGUAUACCAGUCUGCAGGGAAUUGCAUCUCAAUAUCGCAAGUCAGCGAUGCUUUGCCUGUCCGAGGAUAACUUUCUUAUUCAGCAUUCCUUAAAUACGCUCGAGGCACUUCUCAUCCUCCUUUACAGAAUUAGUCACAAUGAUGGCGUGGAGCAGACCUGGGCACUUCUAGUAGGAACGGCCCACAACAUCGGCAUCACCCUCCGUUGCAACCUAAAAGCCAAGCCACUAGCCAUGAGCUACAUCGAAUUCGAGCGCCGCCGGCGAUGCUGGGCGGGAAUAUGUCUGUUACACACAUACCAGGCGAUCCUCUUCCGAGACAUCAACAUCUCGUUCCUCCUCGACAAACAGGAACAUGGGCUCUUCCCCGCAGACGUCAACGACUCAGACAUCCACGAUAACUUCAUCCGGCAGCCAUCCAGUCAGCCUACACAGAUGUCCAUGAUUAUGUUCAAGCUCCGCCUCUUUAAACUAUCCAGCCGGAUCUGUCAGCGCUUAUCAACGCCACUGGACGAGCACACUCUGAUACAAUUCAACACGGAGAUCGCAGCCGAACAGGCACAGUGGGAUAAGAAAUUUCUCAUAGACGGGAAACCUAGCAUCCUUGACAUAGCCAGCUACGCGCACUGGUGCAUCCUACAGCAGUACGCGCACCAACUGUACCUCCUCAUACACCGCUCCUUCUGUACACGACAAUCUCCCAGUAACCCUGAAAGACAAAUUGACUCCCAAUUAAAAUGCAUAUCUUCCGGCGCAGCCCUCCUCGAGAUCCAGCGCCUCUUCUUCGAAGUGCCCCGGCUGCGCCAUUACCGGUGGUACGUAUACGGGAUGACGAGUUUCUGUGCGCUGCAUGGGGCGGUCGCGCUUGCAAGUUGUUUGCUUAUGCAGAGCGCGGAGUUCGAUUCAAGUGUUUAUCAUGAGGCGUUUGAUGCGGCGGUUGUGAGGAUUGAGAAGAUUAAGAGGAGGAGUCCGAUUUGUGUCAAGGCGUUGCCGAUUUUAAAGGGUUUGCAGAAUAAGCUCCAGCCCGAAAAGGCUCCGGUACUGACGACGGCUAUCGGGAUAGAGACGAAUACUGUUCCCGAAGAGUGGGCCGAGACUCUGCCGUGGUUAAGUAUGGACAUGAUCAACUAGAUAAGUAUAUCGCACUCGGAUUUCAGCAUCGCAGUGUCUGACUCUAUACCUCCCAUAGGACGUUUGGCAGGAUAUAGUGGAUGGGCCGGCGUAGCAUGCGUACGGAAGGGUUAGAGGGUAUAGUUCUAGCACGGUACUCAGCAUCGAGCUAGAGUGG